AUGCAGUCACCGCCACAUGAAGAGUUUGGCACAUGUUUGAAGAAGUAUUUCAACAAUACAAGCCUUUCAGACGCGGUCAUUAAAUGCGGAGGUCGAUGUUUUGCAGUCCACAGUCUUGUCCUUUUUUGCCACUCCGAAUACUUCAAAAAGCAGCUCGAUGGGCCGUGGAAGGAGAGUUCUGAGCGAGUGAUAGAAAUUAUGGAUUUCGACCCCGCUGUUGUCGAGGCAAUGACACUUUUCCUCUACUGUUUUGAUUACGAGUCCCCCGCCGACUCAUCAGCUAUGAUGUUCCAUGCCAAAGUGUAUCAAAUCGGUGAUAAAUAUGACAUCGAGGCGUUGAAGAGACUCGCUGCGAUGAAGUAUCGCACUAGUAUUGAAGCGGGAUGGGAGAUGGAUAGCUUUCCAGAUGCAAUCGCCCUGGCAUAUACAACUACGCCAUCGGGGGAUAGGGGAUUACGUGAUAUUGCUGUGGAGAUUACAUUCAAGAGGCUCGGCAAGCUGAUGACCCAAGACGCGUUCUGUGGAAUGAUGCGCGAUAAUCCAGAGAUCGCUGCUGACAUUAUUCGAUUUACAAAUAAGACAUGUGAAAGGGUCAGGGAAUAUAAGUGCAGAACUACUGCCCGUGUUGUGAUACCCGUCACUCCUCUUGGAGACCUGAGGCUGGGAGAUAAAAACUACCCAGACGGUCUUGGCUGGUUCGGAUACUGUUAA